CAGACUGGCGAGUACGCCACAGACGACGAAGAAACGGGAACGACUGCAGGCGGCGAGAAGAGCAUCGAGGUGUUCGACCUCCCAGAGACGGAAGACAUCUUGUCUCCAUCCGAGUUGGACGCCACUAAACUCUACCAGAAGUUUAGAGAGCUUCAGAUAAAACACACGGUGACCGAGGCCGAGAUCCAGAAGCUCAAAAACAAGUUGGCCUCGGUAGAGAAGGAGAAGCAGCGCUGGGAGAAGGAGAAGAGCCAGCUGAAGGCCAGCAUAGAGGAGAACAAGGAGAGGAUGCUGAAGCUGGAGAGCUACUGGAUCGAAGCGCAGACCCUCUGCCACACCGUCAACGAACACCUGAAGGAGGCCCAGGCCCAGUACCAGACUCUGGAGAAGAAGUACAACAAGGCCAAGAAACUCAUCAAAGACUUCCAGCAGAAAGAGGUGGAGUUCAUCCAGAAGGAGGAUGCAGAGAGGAGGCGGCUGGAGGAGGCUGAGAAAGCUCACCUGGCUGAAAUCCAGGGACUGCAAGUCAGGAUUGCAGCAUUAGAAUCCGAGUUGUUGCAGCUGAUGAAGCAGAAUGGCAUCCAGGUCAACAACAACAACAACAGCAGCAGCUCCGAGAGGCUCAGCACUCAGCAGCACAGCCCCGGCAGAGCUGCAGCAAAAUCUGAAGACAGUAGAGAAGGAGCUCAUCACUCACCCAGCAGGAUGAAAGGCUACACAGAAGUUACUCGAGACGCCAUCAGUUCUGCAGAGGGAGAGGUCUCCAUUUGUCACGACGCAGGAGCAACCAGCCUUAAAGCUCCUGGCAGUGCAGAGAGCUCCCCCAGAAAAGCUSUGCUUGGCUCUCCUGCAAAGUCAAGCCCCUCCCGCAGUUUGGAGACAAACAGACAAGCACUGGGCUCUGGUCGACCCAACGGGACUCUCACCCGAGUGUGAUCUCGACUCCUCAGGCGCCGACUCCGAGUGCCGAUCUGAGCGCCUGCAGCAGCAGCAGCAGCAGCAGCUCGGUGGAGAUCAGCGGGCUGAUCAGCGCCGCCACGAUGUCGGGACGCUCACGCACCCCGGUGCUGUCCUCAAACGAGAGUCUGGAUAUGAUUGACGAUGAGGUCUUAGACGAGGCGCCAUCGGCGAAGCAGCAUCAGUGGCCGAACCGCAGCGCCACAGAGUGGACUGCACAGCAGGUGGCGCUCUGGCUCUCGGGCCUUAAUUUAGAACACCAUAUCCCAGAAUUCACUGCCAAAAACAUUGAUGGAGAGCAGCUGCUGCUGCUGGAAAGCUCUGAGCUGAAGGCGCUUGGAGUCACUUCCUCCCAGGAACGAACGCUGAUGAAGAAAAAGAUCAAAGARCUUAAGGUUCUGAUGGAGAAGGCCAAGCAGAACCGGGAGAAAGCGGAGAAACGGCGCGAGAAGCUACGGAAGAAAGAUCUGGAGCAGCGGCAGAAAGAAAACACCAUGGUUUGAAGGGAGUCUCCGGGCUGCCUCCCGUCUCCCUGUAGCGCCACGCCACGUGGCAUCUCGAGGAACAGAAAGCCAUGAGGUCCCUGAUCUAAAUCCUGAGGGACGCCUCCUCUGCGGUUCUCAGCGGCGGAGCUCCACAUCUAACCGUCCGAGGUGUCCAACCUCGCGAGUCAAAACCAAAACAAGUGGUUGGACGAUAGAAUGCUGCCCUUCAUUUUCCUGGUUUAUUCCCAUCCUGUAAUUUUCCCCUAAAGAAUUUACUAUUUAUUUUUCUGUUUAUAGCUGUAAAUUGGGUUUAUUUAUUCACUUCUAGAUUAAGUUUGUGAAAAGUUUAUCUCAUCCUUCAAUAGUCACUCGUCACAUCAGCCGUGGACAAAACUCUGUUCAUGAUAAACAGAUACAGAAACGAUGUGCCAUUUUAAGAGACUUGUGAUAUAUUUAAAUGAACUGAUUUUUUUUUGCUUUUAACGAAACAGGUCAAGUGUGUGGUGGAUUUUAUAAAGCAACCCUCAUCUCCCACCACUAGGUGUCCCCACGCUGCUUCCUUCCCCCACUCGAGAUGGACUGAACUAGGAACCAUGUUUUUACUGGAAGAAACAAGAACACUGGAUGUGAAAACACUGGACAUGUGARCUGAAAACUGGACUGGUUCCAUCAGUGAUUUCAGGCGUGAUCAGUAUAUUUGUAACUUUUAACACAYUUAUAACAAAAAAAUAAAACAAGCGCAGAUACUGAAACAUCUUCUCCCAUAUGCAUAACGUUGCUCUGACGCCGCUUAGAACCUGCUUCYACCUCGUUUUCUAUAUCGGUGAGAGCCCCGCUGCUGCCUUUAGACGUGCUAGAGAAGUAGAUUACUGCUUCUGCGUGAGUGCUGAAAACUAAUUCACCCCUCUUCGGUCGUUUUGUUCCUUUCAAAGAUUUACAAGCCCUCGUAGAUUUUUUWAAAAUAUUCUCAGUAAAGUUUAGGAAUCCUGCCAUAUAAAUAGCUUCUGUGAUUGAGCAAGRUGAAGCAAAAAAAGAUGUCUUAUGAAGUUGAUUGUAUGUGAUAAUUUAUGACUUUAGAAAGUAAUGCCCAAAUAUGGAUUUUUAUCUUCAUUAUAAAAUUGGUUUGAUUAAUAUUUAAAGUUGUUAGAUAUAUUUUAUGUUUGCUUACGCAGAGUUAUUGUUUUAGGAUUAUGAAGUUUAAUGUUAUUUAUUGUCACAGAGAAUCGUUUUUAAGUCUGCAGCAAAGGUAGAAAUUACAGCAGCUUUUCUAACAAUAUGAUUUUUUUUCGUCUAAGACCCCUUAUCGAUGUGCUGCUAACAUUAUAAAGCAUGAAUAGUUGGGUCUAUGUUACACCGUUUUACUAAUCAGAAUGAUUUCUUUAUCAUGUUUUAAAGGGAUAGUUUGGAUAUUCAAAGUGGGUCGUUGGAGAAAUACGGUUUAAUUUUCACUGUAUUGACAAGCUAACGGCUAGUUCUUGCUAGUUUUGUUUAAUUAAAUUAUUAAAACAAAUAGUAUUUAUAAAAAUCUGUAUAAAUAUAUUUUGAUUGAAGUUGUUUUAAGAUGGCAAAAAUUCACUUUAGCUUGUCUUUCCAGUCAAAAUUAAACUCAAAGAUUUAUCUGCAACAGGUAAGAUAGUAGCUACACCUUUCAAAGUUCUAAACUAUCACUUUAAGGAAGUAAUUCUUUAUUGUGAUUUUUAACUAUUAAGAGUUUUGACACUUAAUUAUAGUUUAUCCAAAAUUUAUUAUUUUAUUUUGCCAAAAUUAAAUCAUUCAGGUGGAUGUUUUCAAAAAAAAAAAAAGAUAACCCAAAGAGAGACAAAAACACAUAAAUAUUCUGUUGUGGUUUUUGUUUUCCUCUCUUCCAACCAGAGAGCUGAUUGAGUGCUUUUUUCCAAGAACCUGUUAAUGAUGUAUUCUUACGAAAUAUUUUGUAACACUUCUGUGAAUAUUCCCACGCUCUUUAUGAACUGGUGAUCGGACUGGACUCUUGAGUCUUUUUGUAUGUACAGAUAAACACUAAAAGCAAUAUGGUGUGAGACUCCUGCGGAAGCCUUGUUUUAUAUCGUGUCGGUGUGUCUGCGCAGUUUGUCAGACAGAGAUCUGAGCCACCCAUGUGAUAAUGAUGAUGAUAAUAAUAAUAAAUUAGAUCUGUUUUUGUUGUGUGAUUGGCAGCUUGCCUGUGAUGUAACCCCGGUGCUCCCGGCAGGUAAAAACGACCUGUUUCCAUUAAACCUGGAGGUAUUUGUUUCUCAUGUACAUACAGUAUGGAGCAGAAGAAUGUUGCCACGAACUGCUAGCCAUGCUUUCACUUUUAAAAAGCAAUGCUUUUAUUCCCCCUCUCCCCUCUCUUCUGUCAUCGCCUUGCUCUUUUUUUUUUUUUUGCGUUCUGAAAAGGUUGAAAGGGCAGCUACCUGUCACACUGAAUAAAAUGUGCAGUCACUGUCCUCA